CAUGUUCAACGAUUCGAAUGGAGCAUCGGAAUAAUUGGCCAAGGUAUCGGUGGAGGAGUUUUUGACGUGAAAGUUGAAAGCCCGUGGACAGAUAUAGGGAUGCGAACUGAAUUUAUAUAUUGUUUACCCGCAAACCGUUCUUUCAUACACGACGAGCAGUACGUUAUUUAUUUGAAUGCGUGGUAUGACCAAGAUACAUACAUGGUUUUCCAAUCGACUCCCAUUCUGUUUGAUUUUACUCCACCAACUGUGCGAACAGGACGCUAUAUCAGAGAGGGUACAUGUACAGAAGACAUGGAUUUUAUUUCGUGGACAGAUCAUAUUAUUGUUUGCUGGGACGGCGUAUUCAGUGAACAACAAACUGGACUACAAUACUACGAAGUCAGUCUUGGAUCACAACCACAUAACGAUGACAUAUACCCCAUAACAAAUGUAGGGCUGGACACAGGUUUUCAUCUUCAAAAUAUUUCCCUGCGUCCAGGCACUCGCUAUUAUUUUACUGUUAUUGCCAUGAAUACCGUUGGGCUUCACAAAGCAGCUAUUUCGGAUGGUUUUAUUGUUGAUACGGAUUUGCCAAUCGACGGAGUAGUUUUCAACACUUUCCAUCACAGAAAUUCUGCUUUUCAAAGUUUGAAUGAAAGUAUUGGUAUAUCCUGGCAUGGAUUCCAAGACAACAUGUCUGGUAUUAAAAAUUAUUUUGUUGCCAUUGCCAAGGUUAGAAGUUUCAAUGAAACCAAUGUCAAAUAUACUGACGCUCAAAUGUUGACAAGUUAUGUUUUCUCUAAUAUAAGCCCUCAACAAGGUGAGUCUUAUAUUGGAAUCGUGAAAGCCGUAGACGCGGCAGGACAUCAAAGUUCGAUCGUUAUUUCAAAACCUUUCACAUUCGAUAUGACACCUCCAAGAGGUUACUCUUGCUAUUCGACCGAACGCUUACCUACUGACGUAACAUACACGUCUAACGAGCUUUCUUUUAACGUCACUCUAACUGAAAACAGCGUAUAUUACAUACGUGGAAAUAUUACAAAAGCCCCAAAAGAGUUGUAUCCUGUCCUCAUAAUCGACAGCAAUAGAACACCAAUGUCAUUCUCAGAAAGCCACGAUGGAGUGUUCAUGUAUUAUUACUCCUUUAUUGCACCAAACACGAGUCCGAAUUUUUUCACGGUCGACUUUGGAACAUUUGUCACCACAAAUUCAAAGCAAACACUGGAGUUGUUGGAAUGUACAUCACUGCAAGAGAAUGAAACAGCGGCCGUCACUGUUACACAAAUAGGCCCUUUCUCAUUAGCAGUUAAUGUGAUGGUAUUGGAUGCUGAAAGUCAUUCUCCGUCGGUAGCAAACAUUCGACCUGAAAGUGAAUCUAAUUCAAUAACGGGAUGUAAGUUCGAGGAGUUAGAUUUAAUCCAUGCCUCUACAGUUUAUGUAACUGUGAAAUGUGUCAACAACGUCGAGCUAGCAUCAUUUGCUUUCUCCGGCCCAGUAACCAUCUAUCUCGAGGUUCCAAGUAGCGCCCAGGCAUAUGUAAGUUUUAUACCAGUGAGUGAACAAUCAGUGCCAACCACAGAGACAGUGAAUAACAAUCCUAUUGCACAGUAUAAUAAAUCGACAAUUCAGUUUGAAUGGAAUGACUUCAUGGAUGAUGCACAGAUCCUUUCAUACCAAUACCGGGUUCUUCAAGAUGGUCUAGUGAUUGUGGAUUGGUCAACUGUCAUCUUUAAAAACAUGGCUUCAAUUAAUAAUCUAGCGUUAGUUUCGGGCAACGUCUACACAGCUGAGGUUAAAGCGAUGAAUGCGGGCAAUUUAUCCAGCUCUAACGUUAAGUCGUCCCUAUUAGUAUCGUCGGAACCACCCAAACUAACAGGUCUCCCCUUGAAAAUCUCCGCCGCAAAUCAAACACUGCACUUUGAAUGGACGGAUGUUUUCUUGCCACUGAACAGCACCCAUUAUUACAGCCUGGUGAUCGGUUCCCAAGAUGGCUUCAAUGACAUUGCUGACGUACAGUACACACGUGACCAAGUGUAUGACGUCAUCGUACCAGAAUCCACUUACGUCACAAAUGACGUUAAUGAGCUCUUCAUAUAUGUUUCUUGUACGUACAAUACAGGACUGUUUUCGACUUACCGAAUGUCUUAUUAGCUGUAAAUAUUAUUGGGUAGAAAGGUGUAAAUGUAUUUUUAUUCAAUGUAUAUGCCUUUGGAAGUUAGUUUAUAUCUGUACAUGCCAGGAACAUAUUAUAUUAACUUUUUUAUUUUUGUAUUAUUGAAACAUUGAAACGUGUUUGUUGUGCUUCAUAUACUUGCUUCCAU